GCCUGCCUUUCGCUGACCAUCGGUGAGAUCCAUCAUCUACAUCAGCAGCGGCCGCGGAACUGUUUGACCCGCAGCACUGACUCACGUCCUCUGGGUUGUGCAGACUUGGUACCAUCAUGAGCACCGAUGCCGAGAUGGCCCAGUACGGGCCGGCGGCCAUCUUCCUCCGCAAGCCCGAGCGGGAGAGGAUCGAGGCUCAGAACCGGCCGUUCGAUGCCAAAACGGCCUGCUUCGUCCCCAACGUCAAGGAGCUGUUCAUCAAGGGUGUCGUCCAGAAGAGGGAAGGAGGCCAAGUCACCGUGAAGACCGAAGCCAACGAGAUUGUAACGGUCAAGGACGAAGAUUGUCAUUCCAUGAAUCCCCCCAAAUACGACAAGAUCGAGGACAUGGCCAUGAUGACCCACCUCAACGAGCCCUCGGUGCUGUUCAACCUCAAGGAGCGUUACGCGGCGUGGAUGAUUUAUACCUACUCUGGACUCUUCUGCGUCACCGUCAACCCGUACAAGGGGCUGCCGGUGUACGAGCCUCAGGUCGUGUCGGCCUACAGGGGCAAAAAGCGCAUGGAGGCCCCGCCCCAUAUUUUCUCCGUCUCUGAUAAUGCAUAUCAAAAUAUGCUUACAGAUCGGGAGAACCAGUCUGUCCUGAUUACUGGAGAAUCUGGUGCAGGUAAGACUGUCAACACCAAGCGUGUCAUCCAGUACUUUGCGACAAUCGCUGUGGCCGGAGGCGACAAGAAAGAUAAUGCACCUGGAAAAAUUAAGGGGACACUGGAAGACCAAAUCAUUUCAGCGAACCCGCUGCUCGAGGCUUUCGGGAACGCCAAGACUGUGAGGAACGACAACUCCUCCAGAUUUGGUAAAUUCAUCAGAAUUCACUUUGGAACCACAGGGAAACUGGCCUCAGCUGAUAUUGAAACCUAUCUGCUGGAAAAGUCAAGAGUAACAUUCCAGUUGUCUGAAGAGAGGAGCUACCACAUCUUCUAUCAGAUACAGACUGGGCACAAACCGGAGCUCAUAGAAAUGCUUCUCAUAUCCACAAACCCAUACGACUUCCCCAUGAUAAGUCAGGGGCAGAUCACCGUGGCCAGCAUUGAUGACAGAGAGGAGCUGGAGGCCACGGAUACCGCCACCGAUAUAUUGGGCUUCACCAGUGACGAGAAAGUCUCCAUCUACAAGCUCACUGGUGCUGUGAUGCAUUUUGGGAACAUGAAGUUCAAGCAGAAGCAGCGGGAGGAGCAGGCGGAGCCGGACGGCAGCGAGGUCGCAGACAAAGUGGCUUUCCUCAUGGGGCUGAACUCUGCGGACUUGCUGAAAGGCCUUUGCUACCCGAGAGUAAAAGUGGGGAACGAAUUUGUCACCAAAGGCCAGACGGUCCCCCAGGUCACCAAUUCAGUUGGCGCUCUGGCAAAGUCUGUAUAUGAGAAGAUGUUCUUGUGGAUGGUCAUACGAAUCAACGAGAUGCUGGACACCAAGCAGUCCAGACAAUUCUUCAUCGGAGUGUUGGACAUCGCUGGAUUUGAAAUAUUUGAUUACAACAGCAUGGAGCAACUCUGCAUUAAUUUCACCAAUGAGAAGCUGCAGCAGUUUUUCAACCACUUCAUGUUUGUACUGGAGCAAGAAGAAUACAAGAAGGAAGGCAUUGAUUGGGAGUUCAUUGACUUUGGUAUGGACUUAGCAGCCUGCAUCGAGCUCAUUGAAAAGCCAAUGGGCAUCUUCUCCAUCCUCGAAGAGGAGUGUAUGUUCCCCAAGGCCUCAGAUGUUUCUUUCAAGAACAAACUCUACGACCAGCAUCUUGGAAAGACGAACGCUUUCCAAAAGCCAAAGGUUGUCAAAGGCAAACCAGAGGCUCACUUCUCCCUGAUGCACUACGCCGGCAUUGUGGACUACAACAUCACCGGCUGGCUGGAGAAGAACAAAGACCCCCUGAAUGAGUCUGUGGUGCAGCUCUACCAGAAGUCAUCAAUGAAGCUUCUGGCCCUCCUGUAUGCUUCGUUCGCUGGUGCUGAUGGAGAAGGUGACGCUGGAAAAGGUGCAAAGAAAGGUGCGAAGAAGAAGGGCGGCUCCUUUCAGACGAUGUCUGCUGUGUUCAGGGAAAAUCUGGGAAAACUCAUGACAAACCUGAAGAGCACCCACCCUCACUUUGUGCGCUGCUUGAUUCCAAAUGAGGUUAAAACACCAGGUAUCAUGGACAAUCACUUGGUCAUCCACCAGCUCCGUUGUAACGGCGUACUGGAGGGUAUCAGGAUUUGCACCAAGGGAUUUCCCAGCAGGAUCCUUUAUGCUGACUUCAAGCAGAGGUACAGAAUCCUAAAUUCCAGUGCCAUCCCCGAGGGACAGUUCAUUGAUGGAAAGAAGGCUUCUGAGAAGCUUCUUGGAUCGAUUGACAUUGACCACACGCAAUACCGAUUUGGGUCAACAAAGGUCUUCUUCAAAGCGGGUUUACUCGGCACGCUGGAAGAGUUGCGAGAUGAAAAACUAGCUUCUCUGGUGACGCAGACUCAAGCUCUGUGUCGCGGUUAUCUGAUGAGGAAAGAAAUCAGCAAAAUCAUCGCACAAAGAGAUUGCGUCUGGAUUCUGCAAUAUAACUUGCGCUCAUUCAUGAACGUGAAACACUGGCCGUGGAUGAAGCUGUUCUUUAAGAUCAAGCCACUGCUGAAGAGCGCAGAGACCGAAAAGGAGAUGGUGACCAUGAAGGAGGACUUUGUCAAGAGCAAGGAGGAUCUGACAAAGUCAGAGUCCAAAAGGAAGGAUCUUGAAGAGAAAAUGGUUUCACUGCUGCAGGAGAAAAAUAACCUCCUCCUACAACUACAGGCUGACUCGGAAAAUCUCUGCAAUGCAGAGGAGAGAUGUGAAGGCCUGAUCAAAAGCAAAAUCCAGCUGGAGGCCAAACUCAAAGAGGUGUCCGAGAGACUGGAGGACGAGGAGGAGAUGAACGGCGAGCUGACCGCCAAGAAGCGAAAGCUGGAGGACGAGAGCUCUGAGCUGAAAAAGGAUAUCGAUGACCUGGAAGUCACCCUGGCUAAAGUGGAGAAGGAGAAACAUGCCACAGAAAACAAGGUCAAAAAUCUAACGGAGGAGCUGGCUGCUCAGGAUGAAAACAUCGGCAAAGUGACCAAGGAGAAGAGAGCCCUUCAAGAGGCUCAUCAACAGGCACUGGAUGAUCUUCAAGCAGAGGAAGACAAAGUCAACUCUCUGACCAAAGCCAAGUCCAAGCUUGAGCAGCAAGUGGAUGACCUCGAGGGUUCGUUGGAGCAAGAGAAGAAGAUCCGCAUGGACCUGGAAAGAGCCAAGAGGAAGCUGGAGGGGGAUCUGAAGCUGACGCAAGAAUCACUGAUGGACCUGGAGAAUGACAAGCAGCAGUCUGAGGAGAAGAUGAAGAAAAAAGAAUUUGAAAACAACCAGCUGCUGAGCAACAUUGCCGACGAGCAAGCGAUUAAUAACCAGCUCCAAAAGAAGAUGAAGGAACUCCAAGCCCGUAUCGAGGAACUGGAGGAGGAAGUGGAGGCCGAGCGAGCGGUUCGCGCCAAGAUUGAGAAGCAGCGGUCCGACCUCACCCGGGAGAUCGAGGAGAUCAGCGAGCGGCUGGAGGAGUCUGGGGGAGCCACAGCCGUGCAGAUCGAGAUGAACAAGAAGCGCGAGGCCGAGUUCCUCAAACUGCGACGGGACCUGGACGAGUACACGCUUCACCACGAGGCGACGACCGCAGCGCUGCGCAAGAAGCAGGCGGACGGCAUGGCCGAGCUGGGCGACCAGAUCGACAACCUCCAGAGGAUCAAACAGAAGCUGGAAAAGGAGAAGAGUGAAUUCAAGAUGGAGAUCGAUGAUUUGUCCAGCAACAUGGAAUCGGUCGCAAAAGCUAAGGUCAGCCUGGAGAAGAUGUGUCGCUCUCUUGAAGAUCAGCUGAUGGAGCUGAAGAACAAGAACGACGAAAACAUGCGGCAAAUGGCCGACCUCAACAAUCAGAGGGCCCGUUUCCAAACAGAGAACGCUGAAUUCUCCCGUCAAAUGGAAGAGAGAGAGAGCCUCAUUUCCCAACUGACGAGGGGGAAGCAGGGAUCCACGACACAUAUCGACGAACUGAAAAGACUGAAUGAGGAAGAAUCAAAGGCUAAGAACGCCCUGGCUCACAGUCUGCAGUCUGCUCGUCACGACUGCGAUCUCCUCCGUGAGCAGUACGAGGAGGAGCAGGAGGCCAAAGCUGAGCUGCAGCGGGCUCUGUCCAAGGCGAACGCCGAGGUGGCUGUGUGGAGGAACAAGUACGAGACCGACGCCAUCCAGCGCACCGAGGAGCUCGAGGAGGCAAAGAAAAAACUUGCCCAGCGCCUCCAAGAGGCUGAAGAUCAAAUCGAAGCAGGGAAUUCAAAGUGUGCCUCGCUGGAGAAAACCAAACAGCGGCUUCAGAAUGAAAUGGAGGAUCUCAUGGUGGACGUUCAAAGGUCCAACAGCUUGGCUGCCACGCUUGACAAGAAGCAGAGGAACUUCGACAAGAUUCUGGCCGAGUGGAAGCAGAAGUUCGAGGAGUCUCAGGCAGAGCUGGAAGGCGCCCAGAAAGAAUCUCGAUCUCUGAGCACUGAGCUCUUCAAACUGAAGAACUCGUACGAAGAAGCUCUGGAUCAUCUGGAGACGAUGAAAAGGGAGAAUAAAAACCUGCAACAGGAGAUCUCAGACAUGACAGAGCAACUCGGAGAGGGCGGGAAGACGAUUCAUGAGCUGGAGAAAUUCAGGAAGCAGGUGGAGACGGAGAAAUACGACAUGCAGACGGCCCUGGAGGAAGCCGAGGCCUCGCUGGAACAAGAGGAGACCAAGAUCCUGCGCGCGCAGCUGGACCUGAACCAGGUGAAGUCUGAGGUGGACAGAAAGGUUGCGGAGAAGGACGAGGAGAUCGACCAGCUGAAGAAGAGCAACCAGCGGGUGAUGGAGUCCAUUCAGGCAACUCUGGACGCCGAGGUGCGGAGCAGGAACGACGCCCUGAGGGUGAAGAAGAAGAUGGAGGGCGACCUGAACGAGAUGGAGAUCCAGCUGAGCCACGCCAACAGGCAGGCGGCCGAGUCCCAGAAGCAGCUGAGGAACGUUCAGGUGCAACUGAAGGACGCACAAAUCCACUUGGACGACUCCAUCAGGGGGCUGGACGAUAUGAAGGAGCAGUGCGCCAUGAUGGAGCGCAGGACGAGCCUGAUGCAGGCAGAGAUCGAGGAGCUCCGGGCAGUCGUGGAGCAGACGGAGCGCAGCCGCAAGAUGGCCGAACAGGAACUGGUCGACGUCAGCGAGCGAGCGGGGCUCCUUCACUCUCAGAACACCAGUCUUCUGAACACCAAGAAGAAACUUGAUGCAGAUGUGACUCAGCUUCACGGUGAGAUAGAAGAAGCCGUGCAAGAGGCCAGGAACGCCGAGGAGAAGGCCAAGAAGGCCAUUACUGAUGCGGCCAUGAUGGCUGAAGAGCUGAGGAAGGAGCAGGACACCAGCGCUCACCUGGAGAGGAUGAAGAAGAACCUGGAGGUCACGGUCAAAGACCUGCAGCAUCGAUUGGAUGAGGCCGAGAACUUGGCCAUGAAGGGAGGAAAGAAACAGCUCCAGAAACUGGAGACCAGGGUCCGUGAGCUGGAGAGCGAGCUGGAAUCCGAGCAAAAGCGUGGCAUUGAGGCCAUCAAAGGAGUCCGCAAAUAUGAGAGGAAGGUCAAAGAGCUUACCUAUCAGACUGAGGAAGACAAGAAGAACAACAUUCGACUGCAGGACUUGGUGGACAAGCUGCAGAUCAAAAUGAAGGCCUACAAACGGCACGCUGAGGAGGCGGAGGAGCAGUCUAACAUGCACAUGGCGAAGUUCAGGAAGGCCCAGCACGACCUGGAAGAGGCAGAGGAGAGGGCCGAUUUGGCCGAGUCUCUGGCCAACAAGAUGCGAGCCAAGAGUCGCGAGAUCGGGGCAAAGGUGCAAGAGGGACAAGGCGAGUAACUGAACGUGGAACAAGACGUUGCCUGCGGUAUGAAACAUCACGCAUACGGAUAUUAGUGUGUGUGAAAGGCAUGUCUGGUAGAUAUAUGAUCCCAAUAUCACAGCAGUGAAUAUCAGGGAAUAGAAUAAAAUAGAACUUGUCUUAUCUGACCAAUAUAUGUGAAGAUGAAUCAUCAGUCAAAUAUGUGAACACUCUCAUUAAUAAUGUAUUUAGUAUUUAAUUUCAUAAUAAAUCCAGAAGUAAUGUAGAUAAAAUAAAAAAAACAGCAGAACAUUUGAUUUGCAUUUGUAAGAAAAAUCACAGUAUCCUGAAACUGAAGCUGCUCUGGAGGUAAAAUUGGCACGAAAUCAUUUGUUAUCUUUUAAUCUUUGGUUCAUUUAUUCUUCUUGCUAGUUAAUCUCUAUUUAUGUGGUAAAACUGAAAGAAGUGAAAACAUUGCGUUCAUACUUUCCACAUGUUCUGAAAAGGACAGUAUGUAUAUGCACAGAGAUUUUCUCCUGGUUUUAAAGAUGUAAUAUUCCCAUAUUCAAUAAAUGUAUUC